GCGCGCGUGGACCGAGCGGGUGGGCCCCGCCCCGCCCCAGCGUCUCCCCGGGCCAUGGCGGCUGCGAGCCCCAGCGUCUUCCUGCUCAUGGUCAACGGGCAGGUGGAGAGCGCCCAGUUUCCCGAGUACGACGACCUGUACUGCAAGUACUGCUUUGUGUACGGCCAGGACUGGGCCCCCACUGCGGGGCUGGAGGAGGGGAUCUCACAGAUCACGUGCAAGAGCCAGGAUGUGCGGCAGGCGCUGGUGUGGAACUUCCCCAUCGACGUCACGUUUAAAAGCACCAACCCCUUCGGCUGGCCACAGAUGGUGCUCAGCGUGUACGGUCCGGAUGUGUUCGGGAACGACGUGGUCCGGGGCUACGGGGCUGUGCAUGUACCCUUCUCCCCUGGCCGGUACAGAAAGACCAUCCCCAUGUUCGUCCCAGAGUCCACAUCCAAACUGCAGAAGUUCACCAGCUGGUUCAUGGGACGGCGGCCUGAGUACACGGACCCCAAGGUGGUGGCGCAGGGAGAAGGCCGGGAAGUGACCCGCGUCCGCUCCCAGGGCUUCGUCACUGUCGUCUUCAAUGUGGUGACCAAGGACAUGAGGAAGCUGGGCUACGACACAGGGCCUGCAGACACCCAGGCCACCUGGGGGCCCAGCCCCACGCAGGGCCUGCCCCACUGAGGGCCCCAGUGUUGGGGGCAGAACUGUUUUGUAAAAUAAAGUCACUUUGCGAGAGUGCUGGCGCCACCUUAUCCCCUCAGCCCUCCUCCCCGCCGCAGGGUGGGGACCUGGGGACCCAGGCCUGCAGGCUGAGCUGCCACCUGGUGCUGGUUCUGCUUGCUGUCUCCCUCUGAAGCAGGGGGCGCCGGGAAGCAGCUCUGUGCUCCAUGACCACCUUGCGGCCAUAGUCCACGAAAAGCUUUCUCGCCUCCUGUUUCCACCACCACCUUCGGCACCCCAGGCCCCAUGGGCCUGUGCGCUCCGCUUCUCCAGGCUGUCAGACCCACAGGGGGUCCCGCUGCCCGCCUCCUGUAGGAUCCCGCCCCUGCAGGGACCCCUGGGAAAGACCUCUGUCCCCACCGAAACCUCCUUCCUGUGCGUGCUCCUCAGGUCCUGGCUGCUUCUGCCAGCAGCCACCCUCGCCUCGGGUUUAGUCAUCUGGGUUCCGACGUGAGCCAGAUGGUUACACAGCAAAGCAGAGCGUGACAGGGAGCCCCCCACGCCCACCACCUGGGCUCCUGGGUCCACAGGUUCUCCAUUUGUGGAUUCAACCCCACGGAGCUGGCUGUUAGUGGCCCCCUGCAGCGCCGGCAUCCCAUGUGGCCACCAGUUCAAGUGCCGCUGCUCCGCUUCUGAGCCAGCUCCCUGCUAAUGCACCUGGGAAAGCAGCAGAUAGAGGCCUAAGUGACUGAAUCCCUGCACCCACGUGGGAGACCCAGAUGGAGAUCCUGGCUCCUGGCUUCAGCCUGGCCCAGCCCUGGCUGUUGCAGCCAUCUUGGGGAGUGAGCCAGCAGAUGGAAGACCUCUGUCUCUUCCCCCUCUCGGUAACUCUUAGCUUUCAAAUAAAUAAAAAACCUUUUUU